AUGGAACAGAACUUUAAUGACGAUAGAUUCAAACUUGACAAAGAAACACCGGAAUCAAUUCAAAGUCCUUAUGGGGACAUUCAAACGAAUCGCAACCAAAACCGCUACUCUGCGCCGUCGCUAAACAACCCCCGCGCACGCUACUCGACCGAGUAUGACCACCGCUUCUCGACCGAGAUCCCAGUGAACGCAGCCCACCCGCAAAAUGACUCGGCCUAUAAGUUGGAACGUAUCCGCCAGAACAUCGGCGGCUCAAAUGGAGCGGCUCUCAACCGUUAUUCUCAAGGAUCAACAGAUGCUCUUUGCUCGCCAAAAACGGACAAGGAGAAGGAAAAUGCGAAAAAUGUUGUGACUCGAGCUGUUUCGCAAAAAAUGCCCAGUGAUCCCUUUCCGAAAUUCACCGAUGAGAUGAGUCAAUUUGUCAAAUCCUCAUUGGCGGGAAAGAAUGCAAAUGACAUCGUUUCGGAGAUACCGCAAAUGUUUGUCACCAAAUCCGACAUGGAGACCUUAAAUGAAUCCACUUGGAUUGAUGGAGAGGUGAUCAAUUUUUACUUAAAAUUGAUCGAGAUGCGAUCCCAAACACUUUCAACGAUGCCUCGGAUCAAAUCGUUGAGUAGCUUCUUCUACACCAAGCUUAAAGAACACGGACCCAACUCUGUGAAGCGAUGGACGAAAAAAUUCAACAUUUUUCAAUCCGAUUUAGUCUUCUUUCCGAUAAAUAUGAUUGUUCCCACUCCAAGUGAGCCUUUUCCUAAGAAACCAAAUCAUUGGACUCUUGCUUAUGCAGAUAUGAGAAGAAAAAGACUUUGCUACCUUGAUUCAUUAGGGGCAUACAAUACUGAGUGCGUAACGACUCUUUUUGAAUACUUAAAGGCCGAGCAUCUGCUAAAACAAGAAAAACCUCUCAGUCAGGACUGGAAGAUAGAAUCAAUCGCCGAAAACAUCCCUCGACAGAUGAAUAAUUUCGAUUGUGGAAUUUUCGCUAUGACAUUCGCAGAAUACCUUUCGCGCGAUGCUGUCUUCGCCUUUACCCAAAAGCACGCGUCAACCUUGAGAAAAUUGAUAGCGUAUCAAAUUCUUCAAAAAAAACUUCUGCUUUAA